AUGGAGGUGGCACUCCCCAAUGACGUAUUGCUCUUGGUUGGCGAGCAACUGGAAGAGAAAGCAGACCGUUGGAAUCUUGUCUUCGUCUCUCGUCAUUUUCACGACUUGUUUCUCUCCUUUGUCUACCGCAGAGUUUCCUUGCGCAAUUGGCACGAUGCCAGCUCGUUUCUACAUGCCAUCCUCAACCGACCGGUUCUUACGCGGGCCGUCCGGGAGCUGGACUUGAGUGACUGGCAUGCGAACAUCGUUUCAGAAGAGCAGCAUGAAGAAAUUACAGAUUCAAAACAAUUGAACGACUGGCUACACGUCGUGUCACACUCGGACAUUGAGAGUCAGCAAUGGAUCGAGGAUCUCGGAAAAGGCUUGGGAGAUGCCUGGACUGCGUUGAUACUCCCGCUAUUGAGUCAAUUGCGAAAGCUCCAGGUUGCCUACUCUAUCACGUCCCCUUGGUUGGGUCAGAUCAUGCGGAGAGCCGUCCAAUGCGAAGAGCCUUUUGUUAUGCAGCCGCCUUUCAAGUACCUGGAAGAGGUUUCCUUGAAUCACCGGGAUGAUCUCAACCACGAUGGCAACUGGGGUGCAAGCGAAGAACAUCAAUCAGUGUCAACUCUUCUCCUGCCAUUUUUCAAGUUGCCAUCCGUCCGUGUCAUAAUCGCCAACUCGGUUGUGGAUCCCAGCAUCGCGAUCACAUCUCCCGAGCAAACGACACAGAACCCUAGGGCGGCCUUCUCUUCAAUCGCUGAGAUCGACCUGCGUUCAAGUAGCGGGAAUCAUGGCAUGGAGGCCUUGGUUGCCUUGUGUGCAGAUCUCAAGUCUUUUAAGUAUCAACACUCGGACUCACACGUCCUUUCUCAUGGAUACCAGCCCUCGGCUUUCUAUCGCUCGCUCAGCCAUAGCAAGAGGAGUCUCGAAACACUAUGGCUAGACCACUAUGGCAGUCAUUUCCCAUUUACUGCCGCUGGCCUUAAUCAAUCACACGAUGAAUGGUUUGGAUCGCUGGUCGAUUUCACUGCACUGCGAGAACUGCGCGUGCGAUUGCCGAAUCUACUGGAUAUUCGAUACCAAAAUGAACCAACAACGCCCCUAUUGGAUUGCCUUCCUUCGUCGCUAGCGACACUUUACAUUGAAGGUUGUGAGGAGAGAAAUCUGGGGAUGCUAGUCUCUCAAUUGCAAACCGUGAUCAAGAACCGACGGACUCGGUUCCCAGAGCUUAGUCGCAUCGAUAUUGAGGGUGCAUUCCAGAAUGUCAGGUCUGACGACGAUGGCGCUACUACGAGCCCCGGAUCAGAAUUCUCUGCCGGCGCGAUCAAGAAUAAGGUUUUCCAGGCUGCUGAACCGUUGCAUAUUGAUUGUUCCAAUGCUGGUAUGGAAUUGUAUCUCCAUGAUCGCGCCCUUUACAUCUCUUGA